AUGCUGCACAGUCCUCCCAAGAUUGUUCCCUGCACAAUACCAGAAGAAGUUCUAGGAAGAAUGCUACACAGUCCUCCCGAGAUUGUUCCCUGCACAAUACCAGAAGAAGUUCUAGGAAGAAUCCUGCACAGUCCUCCCAAGAUUGUUCUCUGUACAAUACCAGAAGAAGUUCUAGGAAGCAUGUUGCACAGUCCUCUCAAGAUUGUUCCCUGUACAAUACCAGAUGAAGUUCUAGGAAGAAUGCUGCACAGUCCUCCCAAGAUUGUUCCCUGCACAAUACCAGAAGAAGUUCUAGGAAGCAUACUGCACAGUCCUCCCGAGAUUGUUCCCUGCACAAUACCAGAAGAAGUUCUAGGAAGCAUGUUGCACAGUCCUCCCAAGAUUGUUCCCUGCACAAUACCAGAAGAAGUUCUAGGAAGAAUGCUACACAGUCCUCCCGAGAUUGUUCCCUGCACAAUACCAGAAGAAGUUCUAGGAAGAAUCCUGCACAGUCCUCCCAAGAUUGUUCCCUGCACAAUACCAGAAGAAGUUCUAGGAAGCAUACUGCACAGUCCUUCCAAAAUUAUUCCCUGUACAGUACCACAAGCAGAGAGUGUUGACUGGUUGUGUAAAACAAUAUUAUCCCUCAAAAUGUACGCCGCCAUGGCGAGUAUAAACUGGAUGUUUGUAGAAGGUCUGCUUCUGCACAGCCGGAUCACCAUCUCUGUGUUCGACAAAGAUGCUCCUUUCAAACUCUACUAUUUGAUAGGCUGGGGUUUUCCCCUGUUCUUUAUCAUUUCCUGGUCAAUACCUAUGUCUCUCUUCCUGGAGACCCCAUGUUGGAGAGGAUACGGGAAAACGACUUAUAUAUGGGUUGUUACUGGACCCAUGAUAACGGCUCUCCUGAUUAACACUGUCUUCUUAGUCAACAUAGUACGUAUCCUGGUUACGAAACUACGAAUGAGCGUCUCCAUAGAGACUACACAAGUCAGGAAAGCCAUUAAGGCCACUGCCCUUCUUUUCCCAUUACUUGGUAUCACCCACCUCCUCUUCUGCAUCAAUCCUCGUGACGAUGCUCACCUAGAGAGGGCGUACAUGAUCACUAACGCCGUGCUCCAGUCUUCACAAGGUAUAUUUGUGGCAGUACUCUAUUGCUUCAUGAACUCUGAGGUACAGACUGCUUUGCGAAAUGCUUACCUGCGCGCCGUCUUACGGCGAAAUCCGAACCACAGAUUAAUGCGUGGACGAGGCUUGUCACGUACAUCGGCCACUUACUUAUCGAACUUGGAUACUACCGUUUCCGAAGGAGCCCGCCACAAGGUAUCCCCAUCCGUGGUACCUUUACACGAGGUAGUAGAACCUGGGCAAUAUUCUGGGCGAAAGCCAUCAAACGUUCCAAGAGUAAACUCUGACAACGGAAGAACCUUUAUAUUUUAAGAAUUUUGACAGCAUAACGGUGGUUGCGCCAUCUGGUGAGAGGUGUAACUAAAUCGUAUAUAUUACGUUCAUUCUCUCUAUGAAAAAAAAAAACAUCGUUGUUUUAAAACUUUUUUUCGUAAAAUCCCUCCCGUGGAUUAUAUGUUUCCAAAGCUCUGACAAACAUAGGUAAUGAAUAAUUAAACCAGAAUAAUUUUUUUUAAUGGGGAAUCUGGCUUGCUAUGAUUGAUUCAGGGUCAAAAGUUUCAGAGGACGUGUCACAAAGGUUAAUAACCCUAAUCCAAAAACAAAGUUCAAAUUUUGUUUUCUCUGCGAAUCGUGCAUUAUUGAAGUGGAAACCACCAGCCAUAUAAUCAUUAGUUACAAAACGUUCUGAAUUAUUUUAAAAAAAUUGUAUUUUAAAAAGAUUCGGUCGUGAAACAUAAAUAUGGAAUGUGUGAAAAAAAAAUUCUGUAAAUUAUUCUCAAGCUUAAAAUAGUAUAUAAGGAAACCUAGUAAAUUCAUUUAAUAAGAAACAUACACUUGUCGUGUCAGAAGUCGUUAGUGUGUUAAACUUUCGUUCGUUAUACGUUCAAGCAAUCUUUGUUAGUCACAAGCUAGUUUCUUAGUUAUCAACUCAGCUUCUUAGAAAACAUUUAAUGUAAUCCGUUUAGGAUACUGCUCUCAAUUUCUUUUAAAUUUCAUAUUUCCAUAGUUAAAAUGGCUUUGUUGAUUGGUGUAGUUAAAAUGGCUUUGUUGAUUGGUGUAGUUAAAAUGGCUUUGUUAAUUGGUGUAGUUAAAAUGCCUUUGUUAAUUGGUGUAGUUAAAAUGGCUUUGUUGAUUGGUGUAGUUAAAAUGGCUUUGUUAAUUGGUGUAGUUAAAAUGGCUUUGUUGAUUGGUGUAGUUAAAAUGGCUUUGUUGAUUGGUGUAGUUAAAAUGGCUUUGUUAAUUGGUGUAGUUAAAAUGGCUUUGUUAAUUGGUGUAGUUAAAAUGGCUUUGUUAAUUGGUGUAGUUAAAAUGUUUUUGUAAAUGGACAUAUAUAAAACUUCCUUAGCAUUAGCAUGAUCAUAUGAUUAAAGUCUAUUCUACAAUGAUGGUUGGAUUUAUAUUGAAAUCCUAUAAAUCAGUAAAGUACCCUGGUACUGUACCCGAACCAAUGAUAGUCUUCAUCUUGUAGGAAUUACCCUGGUACUGUACCCUAACCAGUGAUAGUCUUCAUCUUGUAGGAAUUACCCUAGUACUGUACCCUAACCAGUGAUAGUCUUCAUCUUGUAGGAAUUACCCUGGUACUGUACCCUAACCAGUGAUAGUCCUAAUCUUGUAGGAAUUACCCUGGUACUGUACCCUAACCAAUGAUAGUCUUCAUCUUGUAGGAAUUACCCUAGUACUGUACCCAACCAGUGAUAGUCUUCAUCUUGUAGGAAUUACCCUGGUACAGUACCCUAACCAGUGAUAGUCUUCAUCUUGUAGGAAUUACCCUAGUACUGUACCCUAACCAGUGAUAGUCCUAAUCUUGUAGGAAUUACCCUAAUACUGUACC